AUGGAUCCUUACAACCCAAAUAAUCCCAACUCAAGUUCACUCCCGUUUUCGUCACCCGGCUACACACCCGUCAUGGAAAACUCUUUUGCGGGUUACCAACAAAUGCCCAACGCUUUCAACCAACGAAACCAAUACCCUAUGCAACAACUCAACAUUCCGUUCAACCAAAUGCAAAUGCAACAACCCCACAUUCCGUUCAACCAAAUGCCAUAUCAAAUGAAGCAACUAAUGCAAAACCUACUAAAUAUGCCAUAUCAACCACCGCCACAAGCACGUCCAACACAAAUCGAGGAAGAAGAUGAUGACGUAAAGGUUGUGCCAGAAACGCAACCUGAACCUUCAAAAAAGAAAAAUACAAAGGGAAAGGGUAAAAAAGAAGACGCAGCCGCCAAACAACAACAACGGCUAUGGUCAAAAAUUGAGGAAGAGGCGUUGGCGAAGGCAUAUAUUGGCUCGUCAACGUCUCCUAUAAUCGGUAACAAUCAACAAAGCGAUGGGUUUUGUCAAGAAGCCCUUGAUAUAUUCCACGCGAUUAUGGAACAAGGCGAGUACAGAACCGUUGAUUCUAUCAGCUCCAAGUGGCGCAAAAUGAAUACGUUGAUCCAACGCUUUUGUGGGUUUUAUAACACAACGCUCGCCAACAAACCGAGUGGGUGGAACAACGAAAAUGUUUUCAAUGAAGCGUUGCGUUUAUACGAAAAUGACAAAAAAACUUCUUUCCCACAUGUCCGUGCUUGGCAAAUUGUAAAGGAUCAUCCAAAAUGGAAGGCAACUCCAAAUGAGGUUGCAAGCGCGAAACGAGCAACCAAACGGUCUAAAACUUCCGAGUCAGGAAGUUAUAGCGUUGCAGGCUCAACCGGUCGUUGCCAAAUAAAUAUCAACGAUGAGCCCGAUUAUGACGAGGAGCCGAUUGGAGAGGAAGAACGUCCCCUAGGAAGGGACAAAAGUAAAAAGAUAGUGGCUGAAAAAAGGAAACAAGCCGCAUCGGGAACUGGUGGUGGUUCGAAGUUGGAAGGUAUUAUGGCCAAGUUGAAAGCAUUCAACCAAACCUUUACCGAGACGCAAACCGAGAAGGUAAAGGUGAAGAAACGACAAGCCGAGGAGAAGCAAAGGAGACAAGAAGAAGCGCAACAGUUAGAGGAAUGGAAAAUAAUGACCACCGACUUUAGCGAAUAUCCACCGGAAGACCGUCCCAUUUUACAAAUGAUGAAGGAAAAAAUUAGGAAAAAAUGGUGUGGGGGAGUGUAG